AUGAUACUUUUGAUAGAUUCCUAUGACUCUUUUAGUCACAACCUACGAAGACUUCUUAAGACAGUGACUAAGCACAAGGUGGUGGUUGUCCAGAAUGACUUUGUCUCUAAGGAUGAAUACAUGGACUGCUUCUCAACUUGGAUCUCGAAAUUCGAUUACUUAGUCGUUGGCCCCGGCCCUGGCCAUCCGGCUGUUGACGAGGAUGUAGGCAUAAUUCAAUGGCUUUUUUCACACUUCAAAGCUCACCCAGAAAGCACGAUUCCAGUGCUUGGUGUGUGUCUUGGUUUUCAAAGCUUAUGUUACGCAUUCGGUAACGAGAUCAAGAAAUUACCCAAUGUGAGACACGGUCAAAUAUUUAGCAUCCAAGCCUCGCCCUCCGAUUUGUUCGGGACAGAGUUCCUUGAUUUUGAGAGUGUAAGAUAUCACUCAUUAGGCGUUCUCGCUGAAGAAUUGAAUGAUGAAAUCAUUACACUAGCCACUUGUCUUGACGAAAGUGAUACUAUUGUCAUGGCUGCUAAACACAAAUCUUUGCCUUUAUAUGGUGUGCAAUAUCAUCCUGAGUCCAUCUGUUCUUCCCAAGGCGAGGACCUCAUCCGCAAUUUUGAUCAAAUAGCAACCAAGUUCAACAAUUCUAGAAACAGACCUUGUGAAUCUGGCGGACUCAUACGUUCCAAAUAUGUUGCUGAGUCGAGAUCUACAAGCUACACUCAAAUUCUUCAUCAGAUGUAUGAACCUUGCGGAUCUAGAUUGCGUUUUCCUACAACGGUGUAUCCAGUAGACUUUUGUGACAUAUUGCUUGGCAAAGGUCAUGAUUUGAUACUCCUCAAUUCCGCAUCAGAACCAGGAGACUGGUCCAUUGUGGGGUUUCCCAUCAAGGGUCACAGCGAGGUUAUCACCCAUUCAAUAGACCGGCCAACAAUUGUGAAGAUCAACAAGUAUUCAGACAACUCAUCAGUACAGGAAUUUGAAACCCCUGUUUGGGAUCUUUUGAAAGCAAAAAUGAUGAGCAGAUUUGUCUCACUGAGUGCUGCAAAUCAUAAACUAUCCCAUUUCAUAAAUCGCCGCGCACCAUUUUGUGGGGGAUAUAUGGGGUUGAUAUCUUAUGAAGAGGGGCAACACAUUAACAAAAAGGAAUUGGGCUCUAUGUGUAAAGGUGAUACGCCUGAUAUUAAACUUGUUUUCAUCGAAAGAUUUGCACUCUUUGAUCAUAAGAAUUCACAAUGGGCUUUGAUUUCCACUAGUACAGACGACGUUGAAUGGGUGUCUCUGAUCAAAGAAUCCCUUGAAAUGAGUGCGAUGGAGCAUGCGAGUACGAGGAACGUGCCUUCUCGUGUAAAGGAGCUUUGCAAGGUAGAGGAUGAAGAGCUCAUUCGUUUCGAUCUUCCCAAGAGAGAAACAUAUGGCAAACAAUUUCAGUCUUGUCAAGAAUAUCUUCAUUCGGGAGAUUCCUACGAGCUCUGUCUUACUGCUCAGCUGAAAGUGUUCGUUCCAUCAUACGUAAAGGCUUGGGACAUGUACAAAAUUUUAACCGUGCAUAAGAACCCAUCUCCAUACUCUUCGUUCAUGUCUUUUGAUGACUGCGUCUUGAUAUCAUCUUCCCCCGAGAGGUUUUUGAGCUGGAAAGCAGAUUUAGAUGAUGACACUCGAAGAACAGUCGAAUUGAGACCUAUAAAAGGCACAGUUAGGAACGAUGACUCUAUAAGCAUUGAUGAUGCAAGCAAAAUUCUCAAAACUCCCAAGGAGAUGGGCGAGAACUUGAUGAUCGUCGAUCUCAUCAGGCAUGACCUUGAUUCUUUUGUGGAAAGCGUGCAGGUGAGUGCGUUAAUGUCUGUUGAGUGCUACAAGACGGUGUAUCAACUAGUAAGUGUAAUUCGUGGAGUCUUGAGAGACAGCUGUGCACUCGAUGUGUUAUCGCAGUCUCUCCCGUCUGGAUCAAUGACUGGAGCUCCUAAAAAGAGAUCCAUGCAAAUUUUGCAAGAAAUCGAAAGCAUGCAACACACCACGCAGGAGAAACGCAGAGGAAUUUACAGUGGCGUGGCCGGAUACUGGUCGGUGACAGACGAGGCAGAUUGGUCCGUCACAAUUCGCUCAAUCUUUCAUUACGGAGCUGACAAGGAAAAUAAAGCAAAUGUCGACGUGUGGCGAAUUGGUGCAGGGGGUGCAAUUACGGUUUUGAGUGAGGAGGAAGGAGAGUGGGAUGAAAUGAUGCUAAAAAUGCGAAGUACUCUCCAGAUCUUUCAGUAA